AUGAGACUAUCUCUUCCAAUCAACACUCUUAAAAGUCUGCCGAGACCUCUUCUUCUGAUUUCCCGUUCUCGCUACCGUAACCCUAGCCCUUUCUCUGCCGUCGCAUUUCGUUCUUCAUUGCUUCUUCCCGUUCCCGGUGUUGUUUCUCGGAGUCUGUGCUGUUGCUUGUUCUCGAUGACGAAGGCCGUUGGCGUGGAGGGGGAGAAGCGAUCGAAUCUCCCAGUUGAGUUGAAGGAGAAGAUUGAUCUCACUGAGAAAGAGCGGGAAAUUUUCGACCGGCUUAUCGGUACUCUCCGAUUCUUCUACCUCGACACGGAGCUUCGUGUCGCCGGCGGCUGGGUGCGCGAUAAGCUUCUAGGGAGAGAGAGUGAUGAUAUUGACAUAGCAAUCGACAAUAUGUCUGGAAGUGAAUUUCUUGAUAAGCUCAAGGAAUACUUAUCUUCUAGAGGCGAGAAAGUACAAGGCGACACUGUUAUAGAAAGGAAUCCUGAACAGUCCAAACAUUUGGAGACAGCAAAGAUGCGCAUCAAUGACCAAUGGAUAGAUUUUGUUAAUUUGAGAUGUGAAGAAUACGCAGAAAAUAGUCGUAUUCCUACAAUGAAAUUUGGCACUGCGAAAGAGGAUGCUUACAGGAGAGACUUAACCAUAAAUAGCUUGUUCUACAACAUUAACACUGGCUCAGUAGAAGAUCUUACAGAAAGAGGCAUCGAUGACCUCAAGUCGGGACGAAUUGUUACACCGUUGCCUGCAAAAGCUACGUUUCUAGAUGAUCCUUUGCGAGUUCUCCGGGCUAUUCGCUUUGGUGCAAGAUUUGGUUUUACUCUGGAUGAAGAACUAAAACAAGCUGCUUCAAGUGAGGAAGUAAGGGUAGCUCUUGGAGAAAAAAUUAGCAGAGAGCGGAUCGGGAAUGAAAUCGAUUUGAUGAUAUCUGGGAAUGGACCAGUUUCGGCAGUAACGUAUCUUUCUGAUCUGAAGCUAUUUGGGGCUGUCUUUGCCUUUCCCUCUUCAUCUGAGCCUGCACCAUCAGAGAAUUGCGGCAGCGUCUGCCAAGCCUACUUGGAAGCUAUGUGGAGCCUCAUUCAAACACCCGGGCUAGGAAAGUUUAGUGGUGAACAAAGAAGGCUUGCUUUGUAUGCUGCUCUGUUUCUUCCCUUUAGGAAAACCGUUUACAAAGACAAUAAGGGCAAAUUGAUUCCUGUUGUCAACCACAUCUUCAAAUUCUCCAUGAAGCGGAAGACUAGUGAUGCUGAAACGGUGAGCUUGAUUCGUGACUAUCAUAAUGACGAAAUCCAUCAUCUUCAGGUUAUAAAUAUACAUCGUACCACGGAGAGAUUCCUGUCGUUGAUUCGUUCCCUUGAGUUGAAGAAUGACGUUCAACUGGACAAGCUGGAUUGGGCCACUGAUGUUCUUGAGCACUGGAAGUCCAUCUCCCUUGAUGAUCCAGAAGUCCCAGUAACUUCGAAAAUAAGAGUACUCACAGGGUUUCUUCUUAGGGAUAUCAAAGAAUUUUGGCGUGUUGCACUCUUAACAUCUUUGUUGUUGAGUACGGUUGAUGGCGUGAACGAAGAUCAAGAAAUUGGGCACCUGGACUUCCAACUGGACAAGUUGCGAGAAAGUUAUCUAACAAUCGAAGAAACCAUUCGUGAACUGGGUCUCGAGAACAUCUGGGAUGUAAAGCCUCUAGUGAAUGGCAGGGAGAUCAUGCAAAUUGCAGAGCUUAAGGGAGGAUCCCUCAUCCGUGAAUGGCAACAGAAACUGCUCACAUGGCAACUAGCUUAUCCCAAUGGCUCCUCAGAGGAAUGCAAAGAUUGGAUGAGAGAAACAAAAGCAAAAAGACAACGGACAGAGUGA